AGCUUUUGGCUCAGAUCAAGACAGCCUUGCACGACGGCUCUCCAAGUGUCGCGGAUGGCGAAGAAGGAAACGAAAAGGAAGCAAGUUGAAGAGGAGAAGCCGGAGAAGCCAAAAGGUGGGAAAAAAGCAAAGGUCGCAGAUGAAAAUAUCUCUUCUGCAGAGGCAGUCAAGCAGGCCAAAGACAAGCUGAAAAAGAUGAAGAAGGCCAACCAGUCCGAGGAAGAGGAGGAAGAAGAGCCGGCCCCCAAGAAAAAGAAGAAGGUAAUUGCAAAAGCCAAACCAGCAGAUGACAGUGAUGAUAGUGAAGAGCCGGCCCCAAAGGCCAAAGCAAAGGCCAAGGCAAAGGCUAAAGCCGCUGCGGACGAUGAUGAUGACAGCGACGACGAUGAACCAGCUGGAGCCCGAGCACAAACGUAUGCUGGAAUGUUGAAAAGAGUUUUGGCAUUCAAACAAUUUGAGACCACGGUGAUUCUAUCGUGAAGCGAUUGAGGCCCCAAAGGCCAAAGCAAAGGCAAAGGCUAAAGCCGCUGCUGCUGAUGAUGAUGACGACAGUGACGA